AGCAGCGGGUGUGAGAAGAGGCCACCACCAGUCACUCACAACUCAUCGUGCGGGGAGGUACUGCCACUGCUCGCUCCGCCACCUGACCCACCUGCUCUACCCUCUCGCUCACGCCUCCCAUCCAUACCUCCCCCUAUGGAGUUCUAAAUUACUUUACCUACGCCACUGAGACAAGUGUGAGAGACUGAAUCGUCAGAACAUAUAUUUUCUGUGAGAACGACCCUUUUUGUGCAUGAAAACACUAUGGAUAUAAUAGAUAGUACGCUGGCGGACUUUGCCGAGAAUGAUCUGAAGGAACUGUGGGACUCUGACUACUAUGCGUAAUAUUUACUCUGAAGGACGAGUCCUGCCUCCCGAAGCAUGAGUACCGCCAUGAGUGCCGGCGUGAGUGCCACCUGCUGCCAUACACAGCCAGUACGAGGCGCUAGAAGUGGAUAUGAGUGGCUCUUAUCUCCCGAGACUUGUCCAGGUGCUGGAGACCACGAGGAAGAUGGAGGCGGUGAAGGCGGCGGGCAUGAUCCCCUGGAGUAACAAGGAGGCGCUGAAGGCGGCCAGCGAGCUGGACUGGGCGGGAGUGCUGGAGAACAGCGGGAUGGGCGGCGCUGCAGGAGUGGUGCUCAACGACCGCCUGAUGACCGAGGCCUCCCUCGGGGUCAUCUCCCAGCUCAGCUCCCUGGGGUCUCUGGGGCCUCUCAGCACCAUCCUCGCCGUCCACCACCACGACACGCCCGCCGUCAAGGUGGAGCACUCCUACAGUCUUGUCGCCGACCGUGUCGACCCCGCAUCUCCGCUCUCAGAUUUGGAGAGUGAAUGUUUCCCCGCUAUCCCGAUCUCCGAGGCAGAGGGUGUGGUCGCCCUGUCCUCCACCUCCACAACCACCACCACCACCACAACCACCACCACCAGCACUACCAACACCCUCCUCACUCCCUCCGCCGCCAAGUCUCCCACCAUCAACACCGCUGAUAAAGAUGGCGGCGAGAAAAUCCCGUCCAACAGCUUCAUCAUCACGUCAACCCCGGGGAACUUAUCGACGUCGAGCAGUGCCUUCCGUAAAGCACUUGGGGCGCCGCCCCUGUCCCCGCUACUGUCACCCUCGCCGGAGGGCACUGGGGGGGACGCCGCUCCUCCAACUGGGGACCCCUGUUCCUCCACGCUCCUCAGUAUGCCUUCUAUUAGGACGAGCAUGGGCCUGCUGCGGCCCAGCAGCGUGGUGGUGACCCAGAGGUGCGGCCCGGGGGCGCCAGCGCCGUCAGUCUCGCGCCUGGGGCUAGGCUCCCUCACCCUCAGGCUGCCCGCACCCUCCACCACCACCCCCGCCGCCACCUCCCCCUCCGCUGAUGCAGGAUUUUCUAUGCCACCUACUCCACCUUCUUGCUCAAGUAGCGACAGUGAGUGCGGGAGUCAGUCGCCAACGCGCACGCCUCCGCUCUACGAGACACUCACACCGCAGUUCUGCAACCCACGUAAAAACACGUCAAGAAUUAUGGUUUCAUCUCGGCAUCCCAUUAAUACUCCCCUAAUUUCCACCCAACCUAAAGGUGCGACAGGAGCCUUAAACUUGACAGAAGAGGAGAAGCGCACGCUCCUCUCUGAAGGCUACAGCAUCCCUAACAGACUCCCUCUUACGAAGGCUGAAGAAAAGUCCUUAAAGAAAAUAAGGAGAAAGAUAAAAAAUAAGAUAUCUGCUCAAGAAUCUCGCCGGAAGAAGAAGGAUUACAUGGAUGCCUUAGAACGUAAAGUAGAAAAGCUGAGUAGUGAAAAUAUUGAUUGCAAGCGUCGUAUAGAAGUUUUACAGAAUUCCAAUUCCCAAUUGAUGUUGGAGUUGCAACGCCUUCAGAAUAUGGUGGAACAGGAAGAAAAGUACCGGAUCAGAUCAUCACCCAUAGCGACUCUACUUGCCUAAAGUAAAAAAUCCCUCCAGAUAAUUCACUUCAUGGUUUGUAAUUGGUUCAUCAUUCAUCUCCAUAUUCAUCUAUUUCAUUGGAAGAUUUUACAGAAGUAAAAAAAUCUUUUACUGUUCUUUCAUAAUGAGUGCCUUUUUCCUGGUCCCAAGUGGCAUUAUUACCAGAGUAAGAAUAUAAACACAGUAUCAGGUCAUCUCGGUGCAUUCCACAAUGACGAAAGUUUACGUUUAUUGUUGUGGUUGUAUGAUGUUGAAUAAUUUAGUUUGGGAGCCUGAUCAAUGUAAAUAAUUUAUAAAAAAUAAUUUAUACAAAAAUAUUUUAAUAGUACUGUAUACACAAGUUUGAUAUUGCAGAAUUUUAGAUUGUUGAUGAGUUUUAAGAGUUUAAUAUAAAUGGUUGAGUGCUGUUGAGAGGUCAUUUAAGACACUCUUUUUGAUGAUUACAAUAUUGAAUUGUAUAACCGAAUGCUGCAUAGUUCACUCUUUCCAAAUAUUGUUAGUUCCUGAUGGUAAGGUUCAUAUCACUAAUACAUGUACUACAAAUUUGUCUAUUUGAGCAAUUUUCCACUCCAUCAAAAUCAAGAACAUAAACAUAAAAGAGAUUGUAUAAUUAAUAAGUAUGAGAUACUUUUCUUUUAAGGAAUCAUAGGUUUGGAAUUCAGAGUACAAAAUUAGUUUCUGUAUGAAAUAAGUGUAAGUAGUUAUUGUUGAGAAUACUGUAUGGAUACAGUUACCAGCUUCAGAAAGUACUGUAUAGUUUCUGAGAAAGAAACAACAAGGCAAAUGAAUGCAUGCAAGAGAUGAGGUAAUGAGUAUUAAAAAAAAAAUCAAGCUAGUAUGAGUUAAGAUGUAAUGAAGAAGUGUUCAGAAUUUGGAUGCUUUCCAAAUCUUAGUGAUGUUCAGUGGACAAACAUAUCUUGUAUGUUCAUAUAUUUGUCUAUACAAAAUAAAUACUGUACUGUAUAAAUGUUAGAGAAAGAUGGAGAUGGUUGUCUCUUCAUUACCAUCAGAAGCUACAACAUAACUGUGCUUGUUUUGGGUUCUCACUGCACAAAAUUACUUAAGUAUUUCCUACAUGCAUAGGUAGCAUUAUAUACUGUAGAUUAAGUACAUUAUUUUGAAACUAGUGUAUCAUCAAAACCCAGUGAGAUGAAGUCAUGUUAUUCUGUGGAGUUUUUGCUGCCUAAUGUUUAUACCUUUUAAAGAGUACACACAUUCUGACUAGUUGUUCUGAACCAUUUGUCUGCUCAUUUGUACAAUAAGUUAUGUUUAGGUAUAUUAAGCUUAUGGUUAAGAGUGUUGAAUAUAAGAAUAUUCAAGACAACCAUAUUCCUUAGUGCUAAGACUGAAGGUCAACUUUCAAAUUACAGUACUGUACUAUACUGUAUCGUACCGUACCGUACUGUACUGUACUUCAAUAUUUAUGAAACCAACACGUUCGGAUUUUUGUAUCCAAAUUUUUAGAAUUCGGUUCUCUAUAUUAAGCAGAAAUUAAAUUGAAGAGUAUGUCAAGGAAGUGGUUUGGUAAUAUAUAUUUAGCUUAGUUUAACUCGCUCACAUUCCAUUACCACGUUAUGUAGCAUUUACCGGUACUCACAAUUCAUAGAUUUCUUUUAAUUAUGUGCACUUAAAUGUUUAAAUUACAUGCUAGACAGCUGGGGAGCAUAAGGCAGAAAUUAAUUUCACUUCAAGUGCCAGGUAGUUAGUACUUUACAAGCAAAAUGUGUUUAAAUAAAACUGCUCAAAGAGUGCAAGUGCAUUAAAAACGUACGUUCAUGUUUAUAUGCAAACAAAACGUAUAAGAAUAAAGAGCUGUUCAAGUGUAAUUUGUUUAUAUAUUUCAAGACUGGCUGACUUAUAGUUUGGUAGGCAAAAAUUAUCUUUCAGUAUCACUAUGGUACAGUAAUUAAAACUUAUGCAUUCCAAUUUUUAUGUUUACUAUACAGCAAAAAUAAAAUGAAUAUAAACAGCUGAACAAUCAAAAUGCUUAUGACCAAUCAUGUUCAGUGUUCAAUUCUCUAUGCACUGCUCAUGUUCAGAGAAACUGGGAAGAGUAUGUUGUUGGGGAGGUAUGUUGGGAACACGAUGAUGAUAAGCCCCAGAAGUGUAUAAUAUGCCACAAUUUCAGGGAUUUAGCUUAAGGAAAUUGGAUUUGUCUCUGAUUAUUUUUGUUGAUGUAGAGUUCUGAAGGGUGCCAUUACAGGGAUUAGUUCAUUAUUUUAUGAAGUGUUAGUUGUUAUGACUUUAGUUGUUCAGAGCAAUGAGAAAUUCUAUGGCAUGUAUGCAGAGGCAAGGUAAAAUAUUUUAAUAUUAAUUUGAUUUAGUUCAUGUGUGUGUUUUAUUGCUGUAUUGAAGUAUGAACAUUAAUUUAAUUCUCAGUCUAUGUACUGUGGGUAAUAUAGUUAUUUAAAUGGGUUGCAUUAACCUUUCUCAAAGACCAACAAAUUAUAAUCUAUUUAAGAUAGUACUGAUUUUAUUAUAAUUACUGUAUGAGUAUUUUUAUACUGUACUGUAAGUAAUUUAUUCAUUACUAUAUUAAACAAAUAAUUACACGAAAGGCCCAGAUUUGUGCAAUAUUCUUCGUUAAGUAUAUAAUAACUGUCCUUAUACUGUACAGUACCUUCAAUCCUAAAUAAGCAAAUUCCUGUACAUCACUAGCAUUACAGUACUUAGUUAACAUCAGAGGCUAUUAGUACAAUAUUAUAAGUGAUUUAUCAUUGAUAAUUAUAUAUAAUUUUGUUGAAUAUUCUCAUAAUCACCACAUUUCAUCUUGGACAAGGGAAUCAAGAUGAUCAUUUAAGUAUUAUGCUUUCAUGAUCAUGUAUGCUUCCAUCCAGUGUAACACUUUAAAUCUUGAAAUUUUCAACAUACACAAUAUUUGAUUAUUUCUUCUUGGUUGUUGAGUCUGCACAGUCAAGUCGAGCAUGUAACCGUUGCUUGUAAUAAGAUGUGCAAACGUGUGAAACAAACAUGUGAUGUGCAAAGCGGUAACAAACACGAGGUAAAUGAAUGAAGUGUUUUUCUUUAUUUUUCAUCAUACAUUAUUAAAGAAUAGUGCCAAGUUUGAAAGUUCAUAUUGGACUGUCAAUAGUAAGCUUCAAAAUAAGUCUUAACAUAAAUGACACUUUUUUGCAUGUUUCAUAGCAGUGCUUCCAUGGGCACAUAAUUUACUACCUAUGCUACUCUGUUGCAUUGCAUGAUUUGGCCCAAGGAUUUAAGUGUACACAUCUUGCCAGAACCUCUAGAAACUGCCUCCUUAAGAUCCAUUGGCAGACAAUGAAAUAUCAAAUGUUAUGUACAAGACCACCAUUGAUUGGUGAGCAAAUAUUUUUAUAAAAAAUAAAAUUGAGGCAGGUAGCUAGAAAUUCUCCAGUGAUUUCUAGAAUUAUGCAUGAUUUUCAUUACAAUGUUUAUUGUUUUCAUUGAUGGAGAUAUCUUUAAAUCAUGUUUCUGCAUAUCUGAUGUUUAUGUAGUUCUCUUUACUGUAUGGUUUGGAUAGGUCAAGAUAGGGUGUAAAAUUUCUUGUGUAGUGUAUAGAAUGCCUUCAUUCUAAUUAGUCAUGUAUAAAUGUACAAAGUAAAUAUUUAUAAGGUUGUAUUCUGAUUAAACUUAAGACAGUCUUAUUCUCAACUGUUAAGACUUAGUGGACCAAUCAUAUUCAACACAUUUAGAAAACAUUUGUAUUACUGUAUUUAGAAGUGUUUUCAAUGUGAUUGUCUUAAAAGCUGCUGCUAUGCCUGAUUUUCAUUGCUUUAGAGUUACUGUAUAUGAUGUACUCCUGAGAUGUCAUAUGGAUGAACUGAUUAUUUCUCACGUUUUUUAACAGUAUAAUUUUAAAGCAGACAGUUGUUCAUUGUGGUGCAAGUACAAUAGGUCGUUUCUAUUAUUUUUGGCCAAAGUGCAAUGUCGGUGUUGUGAAUAUUGUGUGUGGUUGGGAGUGCUGCUGUUGGUUGCUAGAGCAGAUGAUGUGUUCAUACAGUGAAAAUAGCCACAUUUUUAUCAAAAUCUUAAAUUUACAAUAGCUUCAUUUAUGAAAUCUGUUGCUUUUACAUAAAGGACUAAAGCACUCAAAGCUGUUGAAAGUUGAAUUGUAAAUCAAAGACUCUAUUUUGUGUACAGUAUCUAUAAUAUCAGUGUAUGGUACUAUUGACACCGUGUGGUAUAAUUGAGACUGCCCUGACCAUUCCUGAUCUGCCAUCUCACUUGUGUGACAAUAAACACACCAGAUUU